CAAGAGUGCCUCUGACCAGGAAAUGCCUUCAAAGCCACGGGGCAUGUUUCUUAUAUGGAUGCUGGAACCUGUAUGCUCCAGAAAACACCCAAGCUGCAAAAGAUCUUCUCUUUCUUUCAUAUGACCUGAUAUGAACCUUUUAUCUUAUCACUUUCCUAGGUUUGUUGAAGCGUCAGUUAGUCCGGUCUUGCAAGGUCACUGACCCUAGUAAUCAGAGCCUCGUUCCGACUUAUCAAAGUUCCGCUCUUCCGGACUUCCGCCUCAUCACCACGAGAUCCUAAAUCGGACUUCCUUCCCAUAUUAAUUGAUUCAAGGAAAGAGCAAAUCUUCAUCUCUCUUCUAGAGCAAUGAUCUUUUCAUGAACCACUAAGUAAUAAUAAUCAUGUCUUCGAGUACAAAAGUUGUCGUCGUCGGCGCUGGCCCAGUUGGGUCCUUGGCCGCUCUUUAUGCUGCUCAAAGAGGUCAUGACGUUGAGAUUUACGAACUGCGAAAUGAUCUGAGAGACCCUUCCACUGUUCCGCUCAAUUUCACAAAGUCCAUCAACCUGGCUCUCUCAGUACGAGGCAUAACCGCUAUGGAGCAUGCCGAGCCAAACACGCCAGAGGGAGAGCGCAAGCUGCUUGAUUAUGUCCUGGCGGCCACAAUACCCAUGAGGGGGCGCAUGAUCCACGGCAGGAAAGCGGAUGGAGAUCUAUAUGAGGAGUCACAGGACUACGACGUCCAUGGCCGAACGAUAUUCGCCGUCGACCGGGGCGGGCUGAACAAACGCCUUCUUGAUGUUCUCGAGGCCAUGCCCAACGUCAAGUUGUUCUUCAACCACAAGCUCACGGGUGCCGAUUUCCGCAGGCGCAAGGCCUGGUUUGAGAAGCGCAACGGGACAAGAUCCGACGGCAGGCCCCAGGAAAUCGAGAUUGACUUUGACCUCAUGCUCGGCGCGGACGGCGCCCACUCUGCGGUGCGCUACCACAUGAUGAAGUACACGCGUAUGGACUAUGAGCAGCGAUACAUCGACACACUGUGGUGCGAAUUCCAGAUCCAGCCCAAGGAGGGCCACCAAAACGUAGACCCCAUGAGUCAGUUCAAGAUCUCGCCCAACCACCUACACAUCUGGCCCGGCAAGGAGUUCAUGUUCAUCGCCAUCCCGAGCGAGGACGGUACCUUUACAUGCACGCUGUUCGCCCCAGGCCAGCAGUACGCCUACCUGGAGAGCAACCCGACCAAUAUUCCAUCCUUCUUCGACCAGCACUUCCCGGGGGUCACGGCCCUCAUCCCGCCCGAGGAGCUGAUCGCGUCCUUCGAGGGGAACCCACACCUGCCCCUUAUUACGAUCAAGUGCAAGCCACACCACUUCUCCUCCUCCGUCGUGCUCCUCGGCGACGCAGCACACGCCAUGGUGCCCUUCUAUGGCCAAGGCAUGAACGCAGGGCUGGAAGACGUCCGCACCCUGUUCACCUUCCUCGACAGGUUUCCCGCCACAGACUGGGCCAAGGCACUGGACGAGUAUACCGCCCACCGCGUGCCGGAUGCGCACAGCAUCAACGACCUCGCCUUACAAAACUACACCGAGAUGCGCGCCAGCGUCCUGUCCCCCGCCUACAGGCUGCGAAAGUUCCUCGAGGAGAGCUUAAGCAAGUACCUGCCCAGCCUGGGCUGGCAGACGAAAUACAGCCGCGUGUCCUUCAGCAAUGAGCGUUACUCUGAGGUCAUCGCACGGAGCGAACAUCAGGGCAAGAUGCUGAUGAGGACAUUCUUUGGCGCGGUGGGACUGCCGGCCUUGGUGGGCGCCGCUGUGGUUUGGGUUAGGUACCGGAAGGUGGCUGAGACGGGUCUGAGCGCUAUAUUUGAAGCCGUGGCUGGCCCUUUUCGACGGUGAGAAGAAGCUAGACCAAAGCGAGGCGACGCAUGUGUGCACAGUACCUUCGAGUGAGACUCGACGCCUUCAGGCUGUCCAAAAAAAAUUUAAAGUGUUUGUAUUCUC